AUUGAACACAGACACGCAGACAUGAAUAGAGGGCUCUGGAACUUGACACACUGAGCACAGGGAACCAGUGCUCCCAAGCUAACAACAAGACCUGAAUGAUGAUCUUUUGGUGGUUCCUGGCACUGCUGCUGGGAUCUGUUGAAAUAUAUAGAGCCCAUGAAUGUGAUGUGUUCACUUAUCUGGACCUUUAUCACGCUAUCAUUGGAACCAGUCUGUAUGUGAAGCUGUUGCUGUACACCAGAGCUAAUCUGACCUGUGGUCAGGAGCUGUCCCACCAUAACCUGUCAGCCCAGCCCCAGUUCAACCUCACCAAGCCCACCACUUUUGUCGUUCAUGGCUUCCGUCCUACGGGCGCUCCGCCCAACUGGUUGAAUAACAUCAUAGAGCAGCUGUUGGCCCGCGGAGACAUGAAUGUCCUGGUGGUGGACUGGAACCGCGGAGCUGCCAAUAUCAACUACCUGAAAGUUGUGACCUACUCACGAGAUACAGCGGACAACCUCACUGCCUUCAUCCGAAACAUGCAGGAGAAUGGUGCCUCUCUUAGUUCCAUCCAUAUGAUUGGGCUCAGUCUAGGAGCUCACAUCACAGGCUUUGUUGGAGCCAAGUUUAAUGGCAAAAUUGGGAGGAUCACAGCUGUCGAUCCAGCCGGGCCUCAGUUCAACGGGAAACCCCCUGAGGAUCGUCUGGACCCUACAGAUGCACAGUUUGUAGACGUUGUGCACACAGACAUGGACGCAUUUGGUUUCAGGAAGCCUUUGGGCCACAUUGAUUUCUAUGCUAACGGUGGAGCCGACCAGCCUGGCUGUCCACUGACCAUCUUAUCAGGGUCUGGAUAUUUUAAGUGUGACCACCAGAGAUCAGUGCUCCUCUAUCUGGGUUCCCUGAACCGGACCUGUAACAUCAGAGCUUUCCCCUGCACCUCCUAUACUGACUUCCUGGACGGACUUUGCAUGGAUUGUGAUCAAUUCAAACCUGCCGGGUGCCCUGUAUUUGGUUAUGACAUCAUAGAGUGGAAGGAGUCUCUGGUUCCUCUGCAGCAAACCAAGGCUUUCUUCACCACCAAUAAACAGACACCAUACUGCAAGACGAGCUAUUGGGUGGACAUUGUAACAUGGAACCGUGAUACUCGCUGGGGCUACAUCACCAUAAAACUACACAAUGGUAGUGAGGUGACAGAGGCAACAAUAAACCAUAAAGCAUCCAGUUUUAAGAAGUACUCAGAGACCCGAUUACUGGCCCAGUUUGAAAAAGACCUUCAGAAAGUCCACAAGAUCUCAAUCAAAUUCUCCAGGGUGAAUGCAUUUAAACCCAAGUACAAACUACGGGUGCUCCGCAUCCGUCUCACACACCUGGAGCGCAAAGACAGGCCUCUCUGCCGCUAUGACAUUCUCGUGGAGGACAACAGAGAGGUGACCUUCAGAUCCAUCCCCUGUGAGGAGUCCAACUUCUGAGACAAUAACAGAUACACAGUAUGAUGUAGAGAGUCAGCAGUGGCCAUUUGAUGACUCUCUGGGUAAAUGGAGUGAGGCAGUUGACCCAGGUAGCCUACAUGCUACUCACCCUCUGGUCCGUCUAUUCAGUGGCAUAAGUCUAGUAUGAGUCCAGAGCAUUGUAAAUGUGUGUAAGUGUGAUGAUUUUAAUGAAUGAUAUAUUGUAUUCAUUUAUGAUUUUUUUUAAAGUAGUAUGAUGAAUGUGUCUGUAUCACUGAGACCACUGUGUGGUAUAAUGUCUGUGGGAAACCACUACUAAAUACAUAUUUUAUUAAUGUAAAUACAUAUGACAUUUUUGGGAAUGAGAGCCACGUCAAUGGGUCAUUACACGAAAAGAGCGCAUUUUGUAUCCCUUUGAUAUCUUAAUCAACCCCUCUAUGGAAAGAGGAGACUCUCUCGAACACGAUUGUGUUCUCCGUUUUGCUCUACGACCCCCACAAGUUUCUUGGGACUCGUCUGUCAGUCAAUAUCAGUUGUUUUGCUCUAGGACCUCACAAGACUUGUCUGAAUGUCCCACGGUACCUGUUUAAAAAAAAGAUUGGAAGUAUAUAUGGAGACUGUUUAGUGCCAAAAAUAAGGGUAAAUACGUUCCCUGCUCUUUCUUAUAUCUCUCAGAUAUCCUUAGUAUGACCUUAAAACAAUUCCAUAUAGUUUAGUAGAACACCCCCCUUUAGACAGGACUUGGACUGUUUAGUGCCAAAAAUAAGGGGUUUAUUGUACAUAUUUUAUUUUAAACAUCACGUGGAGAAUUCAAUACAGAUUUUUUAUAUGAAUAACAACUUGCUAAAGUGCCAAUAUUAAGCAUUUUGACAUGUCACUCUGUGCCUCCUCUGUGUCCCUCCAUGCACCUCUGUGUCCCUGUGCCUCCUCUGUGUCCCUCCAUGCACCUCUGUGUCCCUCUGUGUCCCUCUGUGCCUCCUCUGUGUCCCUCCAUGCACCUCUGUGUCCCUCUGUGUCCCUCUGUGUCCCUCUGUGCCUCCUCUGUGUCCCUCCAUGCACCUCUGUGUCCCUCUGUGUCCUUCUGUGCCUCCUCUGUGUCCCUCCAUGCACCUCUGUGUCCCUCUGUGUCCCUCUGUGUCCCUCUGUGCCUCCUCUGUGUCCCUCCAUGCACCUCUGUGUCCCUCUGUGUCCCUCUGUGCCUCCUCUGUGACUUCCAGGAAGAGUUUCCACCCUCAUUGUAAAGCCCCAACCCUGUUAUGGUCAACCCUGUUAUGGUCAACCCUGUUAUGGUUAACCCUGUUACUUAAUUUGACACUUAAAGUUAGGUGAAAUCAAACGUUUUUUUGACCAAGUUACAUCAAAUUGGUGGAAUGACCCCAAUGCAAUUGAACACUUUAAACCACUUGACUUAAAGAACAUGCUUGUUUUUUGUUUUUAUUUUAUAAAAAAUGUCCCAUAAUAAGCUGAUAUAAAAUGUUUUUGUAGAAGAUGCUCAUUAGUUUUAUUUUGUUACAUACGUUACAUCAACUUUUCUCAAAUAGACAACAAAGAUUGUUCACUAUAUUUAAAAAAUAUUCACUAUAGUUUUUCUGUUGUUUCAUACAUGAUUGAUACUACACAGCAAAUUCCUGUCUGGAUUUCAUUGAUACUUCAUUUUGAGAGAACAUUCUAAGAGACAGAUUACCACUUGUUCUGGCAUUGUUGGUGAUGCCAUGCUGUUUGAGCCUGCCUGCUCAUUCAGACUUCUUGCUGCUCAUUUAGGCUUCUUCAUCUGUGCCACGUCCAUCUGGGACACAGACAUGAGACCCAGAGGUAACAUCAAGUAGACACAAGAGCAAGCUAGCACUGCACCAUGAUAUGAAAUCAAUCUGACUUGUAAUAAACUGAAAUUUGUCUUAAAGGCCCAGUACAGUCAA